ACGGCUACUUACAGUGAAGCCUAAUUUUAAAAUCUCUUGGGUGUCUCGACAUUAACAAAAUUCAAUCCCACCAACAUACCAUCUGCACGCUCCUCCUCUAAAAUCUCUUCCCUCUCUAUCUUCGCAAUGGACAAAUCUGAGUCUUCGCAUAUCAUCGGCGAAGGAGAGAAUGGAGACGAGUUCUACGAGAAGAUCGAGGCCCCGAAGUUUGUCGACCUCACUGCACCCGAUCCCUACCGCCCCGGCGAUGAUCGCUACUGGUUCUGCUUGCGAGUCGGUUGUGACCAAAAGCAUGAAGAAGAAAUGGACUCUGAAGCAAUCUACAAAAAUUUUGUUCUUCGGGUCAUGGCUGCAAGAAGUCCCAAUGUACGUCUUCGAAAAGCACUGUAUAGAAAGGAUUCAGGUAGUACCCAACUGAAAUGUCCACGGACAGUUCCUGCAAAACCUUCGAGGUCUAGAGUAUCAAGAAUUGCCCUGAUUUCUUCGAUAUCUAAAAGGAUAGUUGAUCCUAAAGUGAAAGUGAAGCCCCUCUGUAAGCAAAGUGCAACACCAAAUGCAAAGACAAAGCAAUCUUCUUCUAUAGCCAAGGCUUUAACUACUCCACGGACCAAAAAGCAGCUAGCAAAUCCAGAUGCAUUCCGGAGUGUUAAGAACCCAAAAAUAACAUCCAUCGCAGUGCCAAAGAAUAGAGUAGUAGCGAAGACACUGAUUUUUCAUUCACCUAAGAAGUCGGUGAGAACAAAGAGUUCAUUAGAAUUGAAUACACCUGUAAAGACAUUGUGUGCUGGGAUGAAGAACCUUGAGAUCACUACUUCAAAGAAGCAAGUGUUGGGAUAUCAUCGGCCAUUGCCUCCAGAUUCUGCUAAAAAACAAUUGAGAGGAAGAGAAGUUAAAAGCAGAGUUUUUGAUGGUCUAUGUUCUCAAAAUCACAAGGGCCUGGAAGCCAAAUCUUCUAAAUGUGUGAAGAAAAGUAAUAAGGAAAAGAACUUACUGGCGUACCAUGAUUCUGUGCCUCAUGAAAGGGAUGAAAAUGAUUUCAGUGAUAAGGAGAUUGAGAAGAAAAAGAAGAAUGGUUCACAGGGAGUAUGCUCUACUUCUAAGAGCGAUGAAGGAAAUGUAAAUGAAGAGCCUUCAAUGGAUGAGAAUAAAGUUGGAGUUCCAUCAGAUGCCACCAGCAGUGAUACAAAAUCCCUGUCAAAUUCUGAAUGGAGGAGCUCUGAGGAUGAUGAUAAAAGGCAUACUUCAACUUCUCAUGACAAGGAAAAUGAUAAUGAAGUCAUGGAGAAUGAUGAUAAGGAGAAUGCAUCAGCCUCUGAUGAUAACAGAGAAUUGGUUCUAAAGAAUACUCAUAUAGAACAUGAAUUUCAUGGCAAGCAUGAGAUACCGAAGGGCAGUCAAAAGAGCACUGAAGCAAAAAGUAAGCUAUCUAAAGAAAGCUCCACCACUGCUCUAAGGCUGAAGCAUAAAAAACCGAAGCCUACAAAUCCAAAGCCUUUCAGGCUAAGAACUGAUGAAAGGGGAAUUCUCAAGGAAACAAAUCUGGAAAAGAAACUCUAUCCUGCACCUCCUAGUGAAAUCUCACCAGUCUCAAGGGUAACAGGAGGAAACUCGCAGAAAAAACAUCAGAAUGCACCCCAAAAAAAUGAAAAGUGCCUCGAGCAAACUGAGAAUCACUUCAGCGCAUACGAAGGCAUCAAAAAGGAAACAAAUAGAGCACAUAGGGAUCAGUCUCAGAAGGAAACAAGGUUGAUGAUUUUGAAAGAGAGAGCAGGGCGAAAAAUAUCUUCAACAACUCCGCAGAGGCAUACAAUUUCCUCUCAGAGGAAGCUUGUGGCUUCAAAGCAGGGAUGUAGCCAGGAUAAAUCAAGUAUAAAAUUGGGAAACAGCUUGAGAAGGACCAAAUCACCAUCCAUGAGACAACUUACGAGGCCUCAAGAGGCAGCAUUAGGUAGAAAGGAAUCCAUUAUGAUAACAACUGGUCAACUAGGCACAAUAAAGGAAACCUCCCCAACAAUUUUAAAUGCCAAGGAAGCUGCAAAGCCAACCAAAAGUGGUUCUUCUGGUGCUUCCCUGGCGGCCAAAGGUUCUGUUUAUCGUGCUUCCAGGCCCUCAUUACAGGGGAAAAGGUUCAAAACCCUUCCCAAGGAACCAAACUUUCAUACCAUUCACGUGCCAAAGAGCUGCACCAGUAAAGUAGCUUAAGCGUGUUAGAGUGUACCAUAUCUCUGUUGUGUUCAAUUGAUUCAUUGAAUUAUAUCUUCUUUCCAGCAAAUUCUGUGUUGUUGUCUAGAAAUUCUUUUAUCAAGCCACAAGAGAAAAUCUUUAGUCCAUUUUUUCUCGCAAUUGUUUAUAACAUUCAUGAUGAUUUGUAUUCUUUGUAUACAGAAGAGAGGUUUGCCGUUAUUCA